AUGACUGGCAGCGCUUUGCCCGUCGUUAUCACACCCACCGUGCUCCAAAGAGGGACAAGUGACUAUGAGAACUCUCGCGAGCGCUACUUCAACAAAGAGGAAACUGGCAGGUUUCCAAUCGAGAUCCACGCCGUCCAGUCAGUCCAGGAUGUGUCCAAGGCACUCCAAAGGGCCCGAGAACUUGGUGUGGCCGUGGGUGUUCGAUCGGGAGGACACCUUCCAUCGAAGCCAUCAUUGAUCAACAACGGCAUCCUGAUCGACGUCAGUCGUCUCAACAGGGAGAUCAAAUACGAUUCCCAGACUGGCCAAGUCUCCUUUGGCCCUGCCGUCCGUGUGUACGAGGCCUGGAAGUCCACCGACGCUCUAGGCCGGUUCUUCCCCUUUGGACAUGCUCCAGAUGUGGCCUUGGGUGGUUUCUGCCUCGCCGGCGGCCAAGGCUUCUUCAUGAGAGGAUGGGGAGCUACUGUCACCGACUGGAUAAUCAAGUUGGAGAUUGUAGUUCCCGAUGGCAGGGUCCUGAUUGCAAGCAGGACUGACAACCCUGAUCUUUUCUGGGCUGCACGUGGCGCUGGCCAGACCUUUUUUGGAGUCGUUACUCGAAUCUGGAGCCGUACCAUUCCAAAGAAGAAACACUAUGGUUGUGCUUAUACCUUCUCCGGUAAAGACAACUACGAGGCUUUCCUCUCUUUUGCUUUUGAACGAAACAGCCAGAUGCCCAAGUCCUUCACUGAGACGGCGGCCUGUACCCUGCACCCCGAGCUCUUUGACCCCGAUUCCUCUGAUGAGAGUGUGCCUUCGACUUCACCUCUCCUGCUGCUUGUCAACAUUUCAGCCUAUGCGGAUAGUCUUUCAGAGGCAGAGAGCAUGCUCAGUGUCUGGGAUCAGGUGCCGAAAAACCUCAAAGGAUGCCUGAUUGAGUCUAAGCCUGUGGCUGAAGUCGAUUGGGAAGAGUUCUUCAAGCUUCAACACCUCUUGAACCCACAAACUCCAGGUCAGAAAUGGGGUAUCAACAGCAUUCUCAAUGAUCCAGCUGUUCCUCGUGACAAGCUCAUUCAAGCUAUCAAGCCAGCCAUGUGUAAUCUGCCAACGCGAUCAUCAUACGGAUGCAUCUACAUGGCUGACACCCUGGACGUCGAUGAGGCAGAUGCGGUGCUCAGCAUUCCUCAACAGUAUUACAUCUCAACUUUUUCAGGAUGGAAAGAUGCAUCACUCCAAACCAAAGUCCGACAAGUCAUGCAACAGUCAUAUAAGCAGGCUGAAUCUGUCGCCUGCGGAAUGUAUGUUGCUGACUUUGACCAGUCACCUGGUUGUCUUCACUCUUCUAGUAUCCCAGUAUGGUCAAAGUCCGCUUGCGCGAAAUUCCUGAGGAUUAGAGAGAAAUGGGAUCCCAAUGGGCUCUUUAUCGGAUACAAGGCUUUUGUUUCGACAUCGAAUGCGGAGACCAGGCUCUGA